GUUUUUCUUUCUUCACUCCAGGCUUCACUCGUUCAUUCCGCUGCAGAAAUCCCUUCUCUUACCCUCUCCACCCACCCUUCCGCCCCAACCAACACCUUAUUCUACUCUACGCUACCCUUGGAGUUUGGAACCUGGCCCGGCUCGACUGCUCUGCGACGAACUGUUCAGCAAGCGCUCUAGUUCCGGACUGCUCUCUGGAUCUUAAACAUGGCUUCCGAGGAUAAGACAUUACCCGACCUGCGCGAAGGAGAUCCAACGGCUCCAGCGAAGAUCGGGGAUCCCAAUGUCCCGAGCGAAAACGCUGCCAAGUCCGCUGUGGAUGAGCCCAAGCCCAUCGACAGGUCUGCCGCCAGCGAGGUGCCCUCCUCCGAGAAGAAGGCGACCAGCAAACACUCGAAGCGCAGGUCCAGGAGACCCAAGAAGAAACAGUCGCAGGCGGCUUCCUCUUCUGAUUCCGAUGCCAGUGUCGACGCGAUAAUCACCGGUUCGUCAUCUUCGGACGCUGGCCAGUCUGAGGUAGAAACACCCAACAAGAAGAAAGUGUUCAAAAAGCAUCAAGGACCCCCCAAAGCGAAAAAGACACGCGCAAACAAGCACAGGAAGGCAUCCACGGCCCAGAAGACGCCAGAUUCGGAUUCGAACUCCGAGUCCGAGUCCGAUUCCGAGUUUGGCUCUUCGGAAAGCGACGGCGGCGGUAGUGGUCCGGAUGGCGAGGAACGGCAGCAAGCCCAGGCAAAUCUGCUGAGGCAACUCCAACAUCUGCUCCUCUUCCAGCAGCAGCAGCAGCAGCAGCCGCAGCCGCAGCAACUGCAAAAGCCGCCAGGCGCCGGCUCGUAUGGAUACCCCUCGGGCCUCAACAACAGUGUCCCGGCCCCCAUCUAUGACACCAGGCUGCGCUACGACCCGGCGAGACCACGCCACGGAGGAGCCCAUCCGUCGGUGUGGGGGAACCUUAACCUUGGCGCCUUCGAUUCUAACCUACUACUGGGCGGCACCCAAGACAUAGACAGUGUCAAGAAGGCGCGCAAGGCGACCAGGCUGGAGUACAAGCGUGUCGACCAGGUUUGGGACGACACGAUUCACAACUACAAGCUGCAGGAUACGGCCGAGGGUAAGGUCGACGCCCAGUAUGACGAGUUCAUUUUCCAUGUACGCCGAACUUUCGACUGGGAGGGCAAAUACAAGGCGACCAUUGUCGACAUAAAGAGCAAGCUGCUUCGCGAGUGCCUGCAGGAUGUCAUUGGAGACAUCAAGGGCGUCAGCUUGGUCGACGACACACCUAAGGUUGAUCCAAACCUGCUAUUUCUGUACCUCGAGGACCUCCGGAAGCACCUAAAGGACCUAAAGAAGAAGGCCAGGGAGAGCAAGAUGCGCAACAAGCAUGACCGCAAGAAAGAGCUAAAGCGGAUCGAGUCCAAGCGCCAGCAUCUGAAGGUGCUUAUUAAGUACAUUGACAAGGACUCUGCCGACAUCAAGAACAGUCUCUAUCCCAUGCUGGAGAACGGCCUCAUCACGUUCGACCUGCUCUGGGCCCUGUGGAAGCCCAACACGCUGGCAUACACGACCACAUACGGCUCGCACGACGAACCGCGCGUCUUCAAGGUAGAAGUGGCGGAGAAGCACCACAACAUUAUGAGGGGCGAUUCCUACUAUCUCGAGGGCAAGUACUUUGAGUACGACCGGAAGCAGCACGGCUUUGGGAGCAUAUCAGAAGUGAUUGGCGAAUUCCACGGAGCUCGCAAGAUCACCAGCCUGGGGUGCUACCCGCUCAAGUACCACAGAAACGAGGCACGGCUGCGCAAGGAGCUCAUCGAGCGCGGCAAGAAGUUUGUCUCGCUGAGCGGGGUGCACUACAAGAGUCAUCAGGGGAUGGCGUAUUACAAAAAGAAGAAGACCGUCGUCAAAGUCAAUAUUAACGGGCGUGUCAUGAUUGACCCCAGCGUCCACCGGCGCAUCAAUCCUAACUACCCAAUCUCCCUUGUGAAGCCCAAGGACCACGACAUGUUUUCGGGCGACGAAGACGAUGACGAUGAUGACAAGGACGACGUCGACUCGGUCCGUGAGCCCGGCUGCUGCGGGUGCGACGCAGACCACGGGGACGACGCAAGCCUCAGCGGCGAGAAGGUCAGGUUCGUCACCAAGGCGGUCCGGGACGACAAGGGCAACGUGAGGUAUAUCCGCAUGCCCAGGUUUGAGGGUGACGACAACGACGAUGGCGAGCGCGGAGGGAAAGAGAGGCUCGGCAUGGUGAUCUCCAAGGGCGAGGACGGGCAGCGGCAGCAGGGUACCGAUGGCGACCCGGAGAAGACGCCUCCGUCAGAAGACGGCAAGGCGGCCAAGCCGGUGCCGGAGUUCAGCGACGAGGAGUACCUGAUUGCCUCUCCGGUUGUGCUCGGGUUUGCCUUUGCCGAGAAGCUGUGGCUAGAGUUCACCGUCUCCGGGGUCAAGGAGAUUCAGUGGAAUGAAACGGCUUACGAAUCCCUGGUCCUGGAGCCAAAGACGAAGGACAUCGUCAAGGCGCUCGUCGAAUCCCACAAGUACCACGCGGCCGAGAGCAUCGACGACGUAAUCCAGGGCAAGGGCAAGGGUCUCGUAGCUGUCCUGCACGGCCCCCCGGGCACCGGCAAGACGUUGACUGCCGAAGGCAUCUCGGAACUGCUCAAGUGCCCCCUGUACAUGGCAUCGGCCGGCGAGUUGGGCACCGACUCACGGUAUCUGGAGAGCGAGCUCCAAAAGAUACUGGAUAUUUGCCACGCCUGGGGCGCCAUCCUUCUGCUCGACGAGGCCGACGUCUUCCUGGAGAAACGCAACAUGCGCGAUAUACACCGGAACGCGCUUGUCAGCGUCUUCCUCCGCCAGCUCGAGUACUUCCAGGGUAUCCUGUUCCUCACGACGAACCGAGUCGAGACGUUUGACGACGCCUUCCAGUCACGCAUCCACAUCGCCUUGCGGUACGACGAGCUGGACCACCGGGCCAGGAAGAUCAUCUUCAAGAUCUUCAUCGAGCGUGCACGGGUACUCGAGAAGGCCAGCCUCAUGGCCUUCAGCGAGGAAGACUACGCGGCCCUGGCGCGGCACGAGCUCAACGGGCGGCAGAUCAAGAACACGGUGCGCACGGCGCAGGCGCUCGCUGUUAACAAGGGGGAACCGCUGUCGAUGAGCCAUGUCCGCCAAGUACUCGAAGUGCAGACCAACUUUGAGCGUGACCUCAAGGGCGGCCCGGGUUAUCAGGAAGCGAUGAGGAGUUAUUUCUAGACUCGUCCCUACCCGCCCUACAUCCCCCCUUUAUCGUUCUCCCCCUUUCGUUUCAUUCUUCUUCUUCCAAUUUCUCC